AUUUUUUUUGAAUUUAGGGCUUUUUGAUUUUGAGAAAUUGGUUGUGGUAAUGGAGACAGAUAGUAUGGAGUGCGUCUCGUCUACAGGAAAUGAGAUCCAUCAGAACGGUAAUGGCCACCAAUCUUACCAAUUCUCUUCGACGAAGACUCACGGCGGUGCCGCCGCUGCCGCCGUCGUUACCAAUAUUGUCGGUCCGACGGCAACUGCUCCGGCCACUAGCGUAUAUGAGCUUCUGGAGUGCCCUGUCUGUACCUAUUCUAUGUAUCCUCCUAUCCAUCAGUGUCAUAAUGGACACACAUUGUGCUCGACCUGUAAAGUGAGGGUGCAUAACAGGUGUCCCACAUGUAGACAAGAACUUGGAGAUAUUAGAUGUUUAGCUCUUGAGAAAGUAGCCGAGUCGCUUGAGCUGCCUUGCAAGUAUUACAAUCUCGGAUGCCCUGAGAUAUUUCCUUAUUACAGCAAACUGAAGCACGAGUCUCUCUGUAACUUCAGACCUUACAGUUGUCCUUAUGCUGGUUCCGAGUGUGGUAUCGUAGGGGAUAUCCCUUUUCUUGUAGCCCAUCUCAGGGAUGAUCAUAAAGUUGACAUGCACGCUGGUUCCACUUUUAACCACCGCUAUGUCAAAUCAAACCCGCGUGAAGUAGAGAACGCAACUUGGAUGCUAACCGUAUUCCAUUGCUUUGGGCAAUACUUCUGUCUCCAUUUCGAGGCAUUCCAGCUCGGGAUGGGUCCGGUAUACAUGGCAUUCCUGAGAUUCAUGGGGGACGAGGAAGACGCACGGAGCUACAGCUACAGCUUAGAAGUGGGAGGCAGUGGAAGGAAGCUAACAUGGGAAGGAACCCCAAGAAGCAUCAGAGAUAGCCACAGGAAAGUAAGAGACAGCAACGACGGUCUCAUCAUCCAAAGAAACAUGGCUCUCUUCUUCUCAGGCGGAGACAGGAAAGAGCUUAAACUUAGAGUCACUGGUAAAAUCUGGAAAGAGCAACACAGUCCAGAUUCUGGACUUUCCAUACCAAACCUAUCAUCUUCCUGAUCACUCAUUCUUUUCUUUCUUUUUCUCUUUUUUUUUCUCUCUUUGAGAAGGAAUGUUGUAUGAUGAUUCGUUUGCACUCUUCUUCUUUGUCUGUAUCUAAAACAUAUCAUGAAUGAGUGUUUCAUCUUAUAGUCUCAUGUGUUGGGUAAAACUUGGAUCGGUGUUCAGGUGCUAAAAUCUUUAGA